AUGUCGGCCGCCAUCGAACAGCGCAACCAGGACGCGACCGUGUAUGUAGGCAACCUGGACGACCGCGUGACGGAGGAGCUUCUAUGGGAAUUGAUGCUACAAUCUGGUAGCGUGUGCAACGUCCACAUGCCCCGCGACAAGGUCACUGGGGCACACCAGAACUAUGGCUUCGUGGAAUUCCGCACCGAAGAUUGCGCCGAGUACGCUGUCAAAGUGCUCAACAUGAUCCAACUGUACGGCCGCGUGAUCCGCGUGAAGAAGGCGUCGAACGACAGAAAGAAUCUGGACGUGGGCGCCAAUUUGUUUAUUGGCAAUUUGGACCCGGAAGUGGACGAGAAGCUGCUGUACGACACCUUCUCGGCCUUUGGGGGCAUCGUCGAGACGCCAAAAAUCAUGCGCGACCCCGACACUAAAGCCAGUAAAGGGUUCGGAUUCGUCAGCUUCGACUCGUUUGAGGCUGCUGACUUGGCUAUCGAGUGUAUGCACGGCCAGUACUUGACAGUCAUAAUGAACGUCACGGCUCGGAGGCGGAAAGGCUGCUGGCUCAGAGGAAUCCCAAUAAACUAA